AUGGCAGUAAGAGUUGAUACUCUUAAUGGACAUGAAAACAGUCCAUGAAUCAUCAGGCAACCCCCCCCCCCCCCCCCCCCCCCCCCAAACACAGAACACCUCCCUCACUGACCCCCCCCAAACACAGAACACCUCCCUCACUGACCCCCCCAAACACAGAACACCUCCCUCACUGACCCCCCCCCAAACACAGAACACCUCCCUCACUGACCCCCCCAAACACAGAAACACCUCCCUCACUGACCCCCCCAAACACAGAACACCUCCCUCACUGACCCCCCCAAACACAGAACACCUCCCUCACUGACCCAAUCAAACACAGAACACCUCCCUCACUGACCCAACCCCCCCCAAACACAGAACACCUCCCUCACUGACCCCCCCAAACACAGAACACCUCCCUCACUGACCCCCCCAAACACAGAACACCUCCCUCACUGACCCCCCCAAACACAGAACACCUCCCUCACUGACCCAAUCAAACACAGAACACCUCCCUCACUGACCCAAUCAAACACAGACCCAGUAACUUAAUGACUAGCUAUAGUCAGAAGCACAGUAAAAGCAGAACGAGUAGUGAGACAACCCAGUGUACAUUACCCAGGCUGGCUGGCUGUAUGGUGCAAUGCCAAGUUAGUUCCUUCCUCUCCCAAGCCAGCUGUAGGGCAUUCGACUCUCCUCUGCAGGCGCUGUGCUACCGAGGAGAUAAAUGUUUUAAACAGACGGAGAGAGGGAGACAAGCCCUCUGUUAUGCUCCGCUCAGAGAAGCCUGGGGAUACCAAGCCUUGCCUAACAGAGGAAAAGUUUAGAAGGCUUGUGUCUGAAAAGCUGUAAUGCUGAAAGCUGUAGCAUCAGAGAGAGAGCGGGUUACUUUUAAAAGACAAGAAAAGGCACAAAGACAGUGUUGUGAGUUAGAGAGAGAGCGGCUGGUCGUUUUUCUCUCUAAUUACUAGCUAAGUUAACACAAUGGUUGUGUUUGGUGCACUUCUCUACUCUGCAACAACAGAGGUACACCUUUACCCCUUUAGCUUGUCAUUAACCAGUCUGCAGAGUGCAACGGCACCUGACAUCAGAAUAUAGGACAGAAAUGUACACGUCUUGGGGGUGGGUGUCCCAAAUUGCACCCUUUUCCCUAUAUAGUGCACUACUUAUGACCAGAACCCAAGGAAAUAGGGUGCUAUUUCAGACGCAGACUAGGCUUCAACGUCCUUAGUGCCUGACGUCUGGUUGGAGAGAUGGGAAAAAGAGCCUGGCGUGUUUCUGCAGCUGUAGAGGGUGGUCUAGUGGUAGGGAGAUAUUGUUACCCAAUGAGAGUGAUGUCCGGCCCCUUUCCUCUCAUCUCAUCCUAGUCGGAGGAAUACCAUGGACUAAUAAUGUAUUGGAUGUUGAUCUUUCUAACAGCUCCCAUUUCAAACAGGGAGAGAUGUCAUCUUCUGACAGAGUUGGCGGGAAAACAUCCAAAUAUUUGGUGUAGUUCCACUAUAUAUACAACAGUAUGUGAACACCCCUUCAAAUUAGUGGAUUCGGCUAUUUCAGCCACACCCACUGCUGACAGGUGUAUAGAAUCGAGCACACAGCCAUGCAAUCUCCAUAGACAAACAUUGGCAGUAGAAUGACCCGUACUGAAGAGCUCAGUGACUUUCAAUGUGGCACCGUCAUAGGAUGCCACCUUUCCAACAAGUCAGUUUGUCACGUUUCUGCCCUGCUAGAGCUGCCCCGGUCAACUGUAAGUGCUGUUAUUGUGAAGUGGAAACGUCUAGGAGCAACAACGGAUCAGCCGCGAAGUGGUAGGCCACACAAGCUCACAGAACGGGACCGCCGAGUGCAGAAGCGCAUAAAAAUCGUCUGUCCUCGGUUGCAACACUCACUACUGAGUUCCAAACUGCCUCUGGAAGCAACGUCAGCACAAGAACUGUUCGUCAUGAAAUGGGUUUCCAUGGCCGAGCAGCCGCACACAAACCUCAGAUCACCAUGUGCAAUGCCAAGCGUCGGCUGGAGUGGUGUAAAGCUCGCCGCCAUUGGACUCUGGAGCAGUGGAAAUACGUUUUCUGGAGUGAUGAAUCACGCUUCACCAUCUGGCAGUCCAACGGACGAAUCUGGGUUUGGCGGAUGCCAGGAGAACACUAUUUGCCCCAAUGCAUAGUGCCGACUGUAAAGUUUGGUGGAGGAGGAAUAAUGGUCUGGGGCUGUUUUUUCAUGGUUUAGGGUGCCAUUUGGUGGUGGUUAGAACUGAGUCUGGUAAAGGGACAGGUGGUGGUUAGAACUGAGUCUGGUAAAGGGACAGGUGUUGGUUAGAACUGAGUCCGGUAAAGGGACAGGUGUUGGUUAGAACUGAGUCCGGUAAAGGGACAGGUGUUGGUUAGAACUGAGUCCGGUAAAGGGACAGGUGUUGGUUAGAACUGAGUCUGGUAAAGGGACAGGUGUUGGUUAGAACUGAGUCUGGUAAAGGGACAGGUGUUGGGUUAGAACUGAGUCUGGUAAAGGGACAGGUGUUGGUUAGAACUGUACAUGCACCACUUUAGACCAGGGCCCAUAAGGAUAUGCUACGGUCCAAUAACUAGUGCACUAUAUAGUAUAGGGAAUAGGGUGCCGUUUUAGACACGGCCUGACACAGUGAUUUCACCUGAUGUAGUGUACAGUAUUUAAAGCAGUAGAUUUAGAGUGUGAAACAAACACAUGAAGCCAGAGCAUAACUUCAUAACAUCCAUAGUCAGGCCCGGAUGUAGCUCCAUACCUCUCUAACGUGUUGGAACAGGCUUUGGCUGAACCGGUAACUUCAUAACAUCCAUAGUCAGGCCCAGAUGUAGCUCCAUACCUCUCUAACGUGUUGGAACAGGCUUUGGCUGAACCCGUCUUCUCCGGUCUAUCCUAAACAGCUCUGAUUAUGUGAGAGUUGGCAGAUCUAGGACCAGGGUAAUGUACUGUAAGUAGAGGAAUAGAUUUAUAGUGUGAAACACAUGAAGCCAGGCCCUCUCCCAUGUAACCAUUCCCCAGGUCGUUGCUGUAAAUGAGAAUGUGUUCACAGUCAACAUAUCUGGUAAAAUCUCUCUCUCUCUCUAUAUACAGUGGGGGAAAAAAAGUAUUUAGUCAGCCACCAAUUGUGCAAGUUCUCCCACUUAAAAAGAUGAGAGAGGCCUGUAAUUUUCAUCAUAGGUACACGUCAACUAUGACAGACAAAAUGAGAGAAAAAAAAUCCAGAAAAUCACAUUGUAGGAUUUUUAAUGAAUUUAUUUGCAAAUUAUGGUGGAAAAUAAGUAUUUGGUCAAUAACAAAAGUUUCUCAAUACUUUGUUAUAUACCCUUUGUUGGCAAUGACACAGGUCAAACGUUUUCUGUAAGUCUUCACAAGGUUUUCACACACUGUUGCUGGUAUUUUGGCCCAUUCCUCCAUGCAGAUCUCCUCUAGAGCAGUGAUGUUUUGGGGCUGUCGCUGGGCAACAUGGACUUUCAACUCCCUCCAAAGAUUUUCUAUGGGGUUGAGAUCUGGAGACUGGCUAGGCCACUCCAGGACCUUGAAAUGCUUCUGACGAAGCCACUCCUUCGUUGCCCGGGCGGUGUGUUUGGGAUCAUUGUCAUGCUGAAAGACCCAGCCACGUUUCAUCUUCAAUGCCCUUGCUGAUGGAAGGAGGUUUUCACUCAAAAUCUCACGAUACAUGGCCCCAUUCAUUCUUUCCUUUACACGGAUCAGUCGUCCUGGUCCCUUUGCAGAAAAACAGCCCCAAAGCAUGAUAUUUCCACCCCCAUGCUUCACAGUAGGUAUGGUGUUCUUUGGAUGCAACUCAGCAUUCUUUGUCCUCCAAACACGACGAGUUGAGUUUUUACCAAAAAGUUCUAUUUUGGUUUCAUCUGACCAUAUGACAUUCUCCCAAUCCUCUUCUGGAUCAUCCAAAUACACUCUAGCAAACUUCAGACGGGCCUGGACAUGUACUGGCUUAAGCAGGGGGACACGUCUGGCACUGCAGGAUUUGAGUCCCUGGCGGCGUAGUGUGUUACUGAUGGUAGGCUUUGUUACUUUGGUCCCAGCUCUCUGCAGGUCAUUCACUAGGUCCCCCCGUGUGGUUCUGGGAUUUUUGCUCACCAUUCUUGUGAUCAUUUUGACCCCACGGGGUGAGAUCUUGCGUGGAGCCCCAGAUCGAGGGAGAUUAUCAGUGGUCUUGUAUGUCUUCCAUUUCCUAAUAAUUGCUCCCACAGUUGAUUUCUUCAAACCAAGCUGCUUACCUAUUGCAGAUUCAGUCUUACCAGCCUGGUGCAGGUCUACAAUUUUGUUUCUGGUGUCCUUUGACAGCUCUUUGGUCUUGGCCAUAGUGGAGUUUGGAGUGUGACUGUUUGAGGUUGUGGACAGGUGUCUUUUAUACUGAUAACAAGUUCAAACAGGUGCCAUUAAUACAGGUAACGAGUGGAGGACAGAGGAGCCUCUUAAAGAAGAAGUUACAGUCUGUGAGAGCCAGAAAUCUUGCUUGUUUGUAGGUGACCAAAUACUUAUUUUCCACCAUAAUUUGCAAAUAAAUUCAUAAAAAUCCUACAAUGUGAUUUUCUGGAGAAAAAAAUUCUCAAUUUGUCUGUCAUAGUUGACGUGUACCUAUGAUGAAAAUUACAGGCCUCUCAUCUUUUUAAGUGGGAGAACUUGCACAAUUGGUGGCUGACUAAAUACUUUUUUCCCCCACUGUAUAUAUAUACAGUCGUGGUCAAAAGUUUUGAGAAUGACACAAAUAUUAAUUUUCACAAAGUCUGCUGCCUCAGUUUUUAUGAUGGCAAUUUGCAUAUACUCCAGAAUGUCAUGAAGAGUGAUCAGAUGGAUUGCAAUUAAUUGCAAAGUCCCUCUUUGCCAUGAAAAUGAACUUAAUCCCCAAAAAACAUUUCCACUGCAUUUCAGCCCUGCCACAAAAGGACCAGCUGACAUCAUGUCAGUGAUUCUCUCGUUAACACAGGUGAGAGUGUUGACGAGGACAAGGCUGGAGAUCACUCUGUCAUGCUGAUUGAGUUAGAAUAACAGACUGGAAG